AUGUCUUCUUCGGUCGAGCUGCUACCUCACCAGCAGUCAUACCUUUCUCUGCUCCUGGCUUCUCGUAUCCUUGCCUUCGAUGGCCCUUAUACGCUGAAGUCGGGCCGUAAAUCGCCCUACUUCUUCAAUGCCGGUCUCUUCAACACUGGAGCCAAGGUGGCAGAGUUGGCUCGAUGCUAUGCAGAGGAGAUCGUGAACAGUGGCCUGCUGGGUAGCAAAGAGGAGCAGGAGAACACAGUGCUCUUUGGACCUGCUUAUAAGGGAAUCCCUCUAGCUACGGCUGUAGCUCUUUCGCUCUCUCAGGCUCCCCACAACAUCGAUCUCGGCUUCUCCUUCAACCGCAAAGAGAAGAAGACACAUGGCGAGGGCGGCAGCCUGGUGGGCGCUCCUAUGAAGGGCAAGAGGGUCAUCAUCCUGGACGACGUCAUCACGGCCGGAACCGCGAUCAAUGAAGCUGUGGACAUCAUCAAAGCCGAGGGAGGGCACUUGAGCGGCAUCAUCAUUGCCUUGGACAGGCAGGAAAAGGUGACAGAGACAGACGACGUGUCGGCAGUGGGCGCUGUUGCGCAGAGGCUAGGCACAAAGGUCACCUCGGUGGUGAAUCUGAACCAGGUCAUUGCUUUCCUCGAGAGCAAGGGCAUGUCCAAGGAGGUUGAAGGCAUGAAGGAGUACAGGUCACGCUAUGGUGUCCAAUGA